AUGGGUUCCCAACAAACUGGAGCUCUUGGAAUUGAAGGGUCCGAUCGGCAGAACGCCAUUCACAGCAGUCCGGACCAGAUGGAAAGCCUUGUCUUGCCCUCCACUUCACUCAAAACUCAUCCUUCAGAAGGUCAUCUGGUCGUUCGUGACAAGACCGAGCUGCUUCCUGCUCUUUGCCUACAAACAGCCUGGUCCAAGAGCACGGAUUCCCAGCGCCGGCUACGGAGGCCCCGCCCCUCUCACGGAGGUCCCGCCCCUCCCACAUGGGUCCCGCCCCUCGGGCAAGGCGCAGGCUCCACCUCACGAGAGCCCCGCCCCUCCUGUAGAGCGGGCCGCGCCACACUGCGGGCUCCUUCUCCAGGACGGGCCAGUGAGGACGCUGCAGGACUGGGCGCCAUGGUUGUGUCCGGGCUCGCCGGGUGUCUUGGUCGCGCUCCGGCCGCAGCUUGGAGAGCGGCAAGAGUCCCCCUUCUGUGUCACUCUUGGAGGAAAACAAGUUCUUCUCAAGACGGAAAAUCGGAACCUAUCAAACAAUCCCUUAAGAAGCCAAAGUUACCAGAAGGUCGUUUUGAUGCACCAAAAGAUACCUAUUUAGAGAAAGAACCACUAACAAAGUUUCCAGAUGAUGUUAAUCCUAUUACCAAAGAAAAAGGUGGACCCAGGGGCCCAGAACCUACCCGAUACGGAGAUUGGGAACGAAAAGGACGCUGUAUUGAUUUUUAAGCCAUGUAUUCUUUAACUUCAAUAUCUUUUUCUGAAUACACACAUCUGAACUUAUUUCUGACUGUUUUCUGUAUGUCCUUUAAUCAUCGAAUUUCUAUAAUGUGUUUUAAAAUAUAUAUGAUGGAUUUGGAAGAAAAUAUGCUGCUCUAAAUUAGGAAAGAGGAAAUAUGUCUGCAUUAGCACAUUAAUUUUAAUUUAAAUGUUUUUGGGUUAUAAGUGAUGAUUAGAACUGUAAACUUCUUUCAUCAUGUUUUAGUUUAAUCAGUUGCUCAUAAAAUGCAAAUGUAAAUAAAGCAACUUUUUUUUAAUGAUCCAUUGCCUUGUGUUAGGUAAUUUUGACUUUUUAAAUACAAGUUAAGCAGUGCAUUUUAUUUGAGAAUUCCCCAGUAACAACAGAAAGUCUUUAACUUGGAGCCAGAUUACUUGGGUACAAAUCCUGGCUCUACUGCUUACUAGCUAUGUGCCCUUGAGUGACUCAUCUAACUUCUCUGUGCUUCAGCAUCCUCAUAUGUAAGUUGGGUAUAAUGCUAGUCCUACUUCACAGGGCAGUUGAGAAGAUUUAACAAAUAAAUACCUGUAAACAAAAUAAAUACCUGUAACAGUACAGAGCACUGUACUGUUAGUGUUAACUAUCCUUAAAUCACAAAUGUACUUUUCCAAGCCUCUAGGCUUCCUUGGAGAAAAGGUUAAGAAACCAAAAUUUGAAAUACUUUAAUUGAAAUUGUUUCAUAUGACCAUAACAUUAAAAGUCAUCGGUUGGGAAAUUAGUGAUUAUUUGCAUAGGUGAAAUGAGCUGAAAGAUAUAUUAGUGUUUGAAACAUAAAAUUCAGGUGUAGAGGGCAAAUAUGAAAAAAACAGGGCAUAGAAUGGACCAGCUUAGUCAGUUUUGAUGACUCAAUAGCUCCUACCUCUGUGGCCUCUGGAUAACUAACUGGGUCAGGAAAGUCAAGUCCAGUUUAAGAUCUGGAAUGAAGGAAGGAUGAGAGCUGCUGCACCUCCCUUAAGGCAUCCUUUGCUGUCCUGCGGCCUCACUCAGUCACAGAUUGGGCCUUCAGCCCUCAGGCUGCACUUAAAUUAGGAAGCAAGGGUUUACGAAGCCUAUAGGAGACAGAAUGCAGUGGGCUGAUAAUUGUAUGAUAUGAAUGAUAAGUGCAAUG